AUGGAGGAAAGAUGUUCUCUUGUCAAGUUAAACUUGCAGUUUCACGAAGAUGCAGCAAUAUUUUCCGUUGAUGUAAUGGAAAGAGAAGGAAAGACAAUACUAGCGACAGCAGGCGGGGAUAAGGCAAUUCGUCUCUGGGAGUAUAUAUACGAGGCAGAUCCCCCAAGAGACCCAUUUGAGUACAAAACAGCCAUGUCUGAUGGGUGCACAGUGACGCACUUGUUUACACUGAAUAAGCACCAGGGAAGUGUUAAUAGCGUACAGUUCAGUAAAGAUGGGAAGUAUUUGCUGUCCGGAGGAGACAAAGGAGCAGUUUUCCUGUGGGAGAUGCAAAGCAUCCUGCAGAGUACCCCAGGGGAAGAAGAUAAAAAGUACUCUGGCCAGCCAAUAGUCAUAAGAGAGACAGAUAAUACAGAUAUAUACGAAGUAAAAUGGCUGAAGGACAGAAUUCUUGUUGGGACAUCAACAGGGCGGAUUGAACAGUACAGGAUAUCCAGUAAAUCACCAGAUGCACUGCAAGAAGACAGCUGCUCACAGGAGCCUACUAGAGUGGAGAAGGCAAGUGAUUCACCCCAGGCCUCUCAGAAAUUAAGCGAAACCCCACAAGAGUCCACCCAGAGCGAGAAUAGUCACCCGAAUGAAAGCGUACCCGUAAACAGUGCACAAACAAAGACAGAGAAACCAGCCCAGAAGAUUAAACUGAGAAUAAUUGAGGAGUACACCACAAACAUCACAUCAAAGUGCAUUUCAUCCAAGAGACAGCACAAAGACGUGAUCCAGGGGGUUGCAUGCACUGAGGACGUAUAUGCCACAAUUGGAAAUGAUCGUGUGCUGAAAAUAUUCACAGAGUCAGGCAAACUGCUUCGAAAAGUAUCUAAGAAGUCCCUUAUAACAGACAAGCACAAUUUCUUCUUCCGAAGAAUAUCUUUUUCGCAGGACGGCCAUCUGUACCUGCCAUCUGCCACACAUGAAGGAAAACAUGUGGUUUACAUUCUGGCCCCACCAGACUACUUAAUUACAAAUGCAAUCAGCCCCUUUACGACCUCCACAGUCUGCACCCUCUCUACUGCAGACUACCUUGUUGUGUCAGAGGGCAGGCAUUUAUACAUUUUUAACUCAAAGACACUGCAGCUGGUUUUAAGGGUAAAAGACUGCACUUUUCUCCCAAUUACAGAUAUUAAAACAAUAUACGACAGAAAGGACAGCCUUUCCCUGAUAAUUUCCUCCAGUGAUGGGUUUUUAACUAAUGCGCGGAUUUUCAAGCCAAGUAGAUUAUAA